AAGCCAGCAGUGACAUCAUCACUUACCAGAAUUCCCCCUCAACCAGCUCAUCGCCGUAUCAACGACGAGCAAGCGACGAAGAGAGGAAAACAAAUAAGCUGAAGAGGUCUGCGUAUAUCUGACACUCCGAAAAUCUUACCAGCUGUUGUAGCAGAUUUUCCAAACAAGGCAUAAAAGGAUGUCUCUGUAUCCAUCCCUCGAGGACCUCAAGGUCGACAAGGUCAUCAAGGCCCAGGCCCAGUUCGCCCAGACUACCACCCCCAUGCCAGCCAUCACUGAGGGAGCCUACCAGCCUCAGCUUGCCACUGCUGGGAUGCCAGGAUCAAGCCUGUACCCAAAUCUGGAGGAACUGGGAGAGUACAUGGGCCUGAGCCUCAACAGCGAUGAAGUUCAGAGGAACCUGGCCCUGUUGCCUGUGGCUGACAAUCAAGUGGCAGUGCCCUCCCUCUCAGGUGUCGGGGGGAUGGUGCGGCCAGUGACAGGGGCAGAUGUUGGCAUCAGGAGGGCAGAGAUCCGACCAGGGCUGCGGGAGAUUAUUCUCUGCAAGGACCAGGACGGGAAGGUCGGACUCCGGCUCAGGUCCAUCGACAAUGGAGUGUUUGUCCAGCUGGUGCAGGCUAACUCCCCUGCGGCCCUGGCCGGGCUGCGCUUUGGGGACCAGGUCCUUCAGAUCAACGGGCAGAACUGUGCCGGCUGGAGCAUAGACAAGGCCCACAAGGCCCUGAAGACUGCGGCUGAGACCCGCAUUGAGCUGGUGGUCAGGGACAGGCCAUUCCAGCGCACCGUCACCAUGCACAAAGACAGCUCAGGUCAUGUGGGCUUUAUCUACAAAUCUGGUAAAAUCACCUCGCUGGUCAAGGAUGGCUCUGCUGCCCGCAAUGGUGUGCUGACUGACCAUUACAUCUGUGAAAUCAAUGGACAAAAUGUUAUUGGACUCAAGGAUUCUCAGAUCAAGGAUAUUCUGUCCACGUCCCCGACCGCCAUGACCAUCACCAUCAUGCCCAAGUUCAUCUAUGAACACAUGAUUAAACGGAUGUCCACCGGUCUUCUGCGGUCAGCCAUGGAUCACUCUGUCCCAGAGGUGUGAAGACCAGAAGAAAGAAGAGUGUAAACUGUCAGGAUGUCUACAAUAUACAGAGAUAUCUCUCUUUCUCUCUUUUUCUUUGUCUAUCUGUCUGUUUCUGUCUCUCUUUCCCUUUUUCUUUCUGUCUUCAUAUCAAACCACCUCCUGCAUCACAAUCAUCAUCGUAGUCAUUACUCAUCAUAACCUUGAGAUGCCUUUUUUUUUUUCAAUUUUUCAAUUAUGUUGUUCAGUAUAUUUCCUUUUCUACAUUUUCCUCAUCUCUGUUGACAUGUCUAAUACUUUUUAUGCUAACCUUGUAGUCUAUGUAUUACAUGUUUUUUUUUUUUUGUUUUUUUUGUUUUUUUUUCUUGUUUUGUAUUUGAGAUCAAGGACAGUACAAAAUGUUUUUUUUAAGCCAUGCACACUAUCAUGAGUCCAGAGCUUCCUCCUCAUCGUGGAGAUGAAUCAUUGGCAAGUGACGUUUCACCUUGUCAAAAUGCUGUAAAAGCCAACGUUCAGCCAUUGGAGCCCUACCAUGUAGAUUACGGCUGCACUCUCAAUCCCUGCACUUGGCCUCUAAUAUGCAUACGUAAAUAAUCUCAGUUGAAUUAACACCAUACGUGAAAUUGUUGGCUGAUUUUACUCUAGAUUCUACUUUUACAUGGCCAGUAAAACUAAAAGGUUUUAGCAGUGAGUUGUUUUUAGUUUAUUGGUGAAUAGAUUUUGACAUCGAGAUUAGUUUUUUUGUGAAUACACAUAAACAUUCAUGGUCCCCAGAUUCUAACAUAAUUCAACGCUCCUAAACAUUGUGAGAGUUAGAAACGUAGCAGCUUCCACCUUCUCCGAGAGAUGGCAAUGUCUCAUUGUACCACAUUCCCUGUGUGUGCAGGCAAAAGUCGUGAUAGGACUCUGAUGUGUUGUGUUUGAAGGUACUGGGAGCAAUGUGUGCACAUUUCAGGGGAGAGUGUAGGGAAGGGGGCAGCAGUGGAUGUUUGUUGUCCUAUGCAGCUGGGACUCGACCCUGUUCACAAACACUAUAAGAGCUAUGAGACAGUGAAAGGCACAAGUAAGCAAUAUCAUAGUGUGUUAUGUGAUUCACCAUGAGGAGGUCAGUUGUAAUUUUGGAGGGAAUUGUUGGUAUCUGUUUGGACAGGGUCUGUGCUGGGCGGACCCACUAAGUGCACUUUCCACUACCUUUUUAAAGAGGUUGUCUUUCCUGCAUCCAUUUCAACAGUUGUGCUUUCUUUUAUUAUUGUGUUUGUGGUGCCUCAUGUUAAUGAGAGAACUCUUCUAUAUGUUGUACAUUAAAUACAGGAAAGCUGCUUAAAUUUGAUGCUGAAAAUCAUCUGCUCAAAUUGAAGCCAUUUAAUUCCACAUCAUGGGUUUAGCCAAUGACCUUGCUCUCCUCUGCUAAGCGUGUCGGAGGACCUCCCUCUGUAAUAUUCCUUCCUUGACUGAUGAGCACAGUAAGACUGAGCAGCGCUCACAGUUGUGAAUUUCUACUUGUUAUAUAAAGUUCCUCCUUUUAAUGCUGUUCAUGUUUGAAUGCAUGUAUUCCUUUAAAUUUCUAGGUAUGCAAACUGAUAAACAUCAUUCUCAUUCUGUAAAAAAAAAAUGCUAGAAAAAUCUAAAGGUUUAUAUACGAAUGUAACCAAGAUAAUAUUGUAAAACAAAUAAACAGUCUUUCUGUUCACAUUA